AUGAAGCGAGCUAGAGAACGAAGCGAGCUAGAGAAUGAAGUGAAGGGUGGCCAAGAGAAAUGGGUGCGCGAGCUGAGUGCCACACCUUGCCAUGGAAGCCUUGGGGCGUCCAUGGCAAGAACAAACCCGAGAGCCACAAACCCGCCGUCAAGAAUAAACCCGAGAGCCACAAACCCGCCGUCAAGCACAAACCCGCCGUCAAGAACAAACCCGAGAGCCACAAACCCGCCGUCAAGCACAAACCCGAGAGCCACAAACCCGCCGUCAAGAAUAAACCCGAGAGCCACAAACCCGCCGUCAAGAAUAAACCCGAGAGCCACAAACCCGCCAUCAAGAAUAAACCCGAGAGCCACAAACCCGCCGUCAAGAACAAACCCGAGAGCCACAAACCCGCCAUCAAGAAUAAACCCGAGAGCCACAAACUCGCCGUCAAGAAUAAACCCGAGAGCCACAAACCCGCCAUCAAGAAUAAACCCGAGAGCCACAAACCCACCGUCAAGAAUAAACCCGAGAGCCACAAACCCGCCAUCAAGAAUAAACCCGAGAGCCACAAACUCGCCGUCAAGAAUAAACCCGAGAGCCACAAACCCGCCGUCAAGAAUAAACCCGAGGGGCCAAAAACCCACCGUCAAGAAUAAACCCGAGAGCCACAAACCCGCCAUCAAGAAUAAACCCGAGAGCCACAAACCCGCCAUCGAGAAUAAACCCGAGAGCCACAAACCCGCCGUCAAGAAUAAACCCGAGAGCCACAAACCCACCGUCAAGAAUAAACCCGAGAGCCACAAACUCGCCGUCAAGAAUAAACCCGAGAGCCACAAACCCGCCGUCAAGAAUAAACCCGAGGGGCCAAAAACCCACCGUCAAGAAUAA